AUGGCGAUCAUAGCUCAGACGCCGGACAUUCUCGGUGAGCGCCAGUCGGGUCAAGAUGUUCGAACUCAAAACGUGGUCGCGUGCCAAGCGGUUGCCAACAUUGUCAAGUCGUCACUCGGUCCUGUUGGGCUCGACAAGAUGCUAGUUGAUGACAUUGGUGAUGUGACUAUUACUAAUGAUGGGGCUACAAUUCUCAAGAUGCUAGAAGUGGAGCAUCCAGCUGCCAAGGUUCUUGUAGAAUUAGCCGAGCUUCAGGAUCGUGAAGUUGGAGAUGGGACAACUUCCGUUGUUAUUGUAGCUGCGGAGUUGCUUAAGAGAGCAAAUGAUCUUGUUAGGAAUAAGAUUCAUCCAACGUCAAUAAUAAGUGGAUACAGACUAGCAAUGAGGGAAGCAUGCAAGUAUGUUGAUGAAAAACUUGCUGUCAAGGUUGAAAAGCUUGGAAAAGACUCUCUUAUUAACUGUGCCAAAACCAGCAUGUCUUCAAAGCUUAUUGGCACUGAUAGUGAUUUCUUUGCAAAUUUGGUUGUUGAUGCUGUUCAAGCAGUAAAGGCAACAAAUGCAAGAGGUGAAGUGAAAUAUCCUAUCAAGGGCAUAAACAUUUUGAAAGCUCAUGGGAAAAGUGCCAGAGAUAGCUACUUGCUGAAUGGUUAUGCUCUGAAUACGGGCCGUGCUGCACAAGGAAUGCCAAGUAGAGUUGCACCAGCUAAAAUUGCAUGCCUUGAUUUCAACCUGCAGAAGACAAAAAUGCAAAUGGGUAUUCAAGUCUUAGUCUCUGAUCCCAGGGAACUUGAAAAAAUACGUCAAAGGGAAUCUGAUAUAACCAAAGAGCGUAUUGAAAAACUUCUCAAGGCAGGAGCUAAUGUUGUUCUCACAUCCAAGGGUAUUGAUGACAUGGCACUAAAGUAUUUUGUGGAGGCUGGGACGAUUGCUGUUCGACGUGUUCGGAAGGAGGACCUUCGUCAUAUUGCCAAGGCUACUGGGGCAACAGUGGUUACCACAUUUGCUGACAUGGAAGGAGAGGAAACAUUUGAUUCAUCAUUCCUUGGGCAGGCGGAUGAAGUUUUGGAGGAGCGUAUUGCAGAUGAUGAUGUAAUUAUGGUUAAAGGCACCAAAAACACAAGUGCAGUCUCAUUGAUCCUUAGAGGUGCAAAUGACUUCAUGCUUGAUGAGAUGGAUCGGUCUUUGCAUGAUGCAUUAUCCAUUGUGAAGAGAACUCUAGAGUCUAAUAUGGUUGUUGCUGGUGGUGGUGCUGUGGAAGCUGCUUUGUCUGUGUACUUGGAGAAUCUUGCCACAACACUUGGUUCUAGGGAGCAGCUGGCAAUCGCAGAGUUUGCUGAGUCUCUUCUUAUUAUACCCAAGGUACUUUCUGUGAAUGCUGCAAAGGAUGCGACGGAUUUAGUCGCAAAACUUCGUGCAUAUCAUCAUGCUGCUCAAACUAAAGCUGAUAAGCAACAUCUCUCCAGCAUGGGAUUGGAGCUUUCGAAGGGCACCAUACGCAAUAACCUUGAAGCAGGAGUAAUUGAACCAUCGAUGAGCAAAGUAAAGAUUAUACAGUUUGCUACAGAGGCAGCCAUAACAAUUCUGAGAAUCGAUGAUAUGAUUAAGCUAAUUAAAGAUCAACAGGAGGGUGAAGAUUAAGCCAGUCGAAGAUUUACCUGGCGAAUUAAGAUGUAUUGUGGUUGUUGAACAGGAUUAACAAUUUUGUGUCAGAUUCAUUUAUAUGUUUAGACUAAUUUAUAUUAACAUAAGGUUUUGUCUGUAUGAAAAUUAAUAGGGCAUGGAGGAGACAUUUUUUUGCUUA